AUGUCUUGCCAAGAAGCCGUAACCCUAGUGCUAGACACAGGAUCGUUAUCCGUUAAAGCUGGAUUUGCUGGGGAAUCCUUCCCUAGAUGUAUUAUACCAACGGCAGUUGGACGUUUUCGUCAUGGCGGUCUGAUAGACGGAGUUCCAGAUUUAUACUUUGGUAAUGAAGCAGUAGCAAAUAGGGGAAUUUCUACAUUAACUUGGCCAAUCAAAGAUGGUUCUAUAGAUAAUUGGGGCGAUUUAGAAAAACUUUGGCAUCAUGUAUUUUAUAGAGAACUUCAUGUUGCCCCAGAAGACUCGCAGGUCAUGAUGGCAGUACAUCCUUUGACAAAACGGCUGGAUAAAGAACGAAUAGCAGAAAUAUUGUUUGAAUCUUUCGGAAUUCAUGAUUUGUAUAUUGCGAUAUCGUCUGCAUUAGUGCUGCACGCAAGCGGUAGAACUUCUGGAGUUGCUUGGGAAAAUGGUCACUCUUGUGUAUAUGCUUCGCCAGUAUUUGAAGGAUUUCCUCUGAAACAUGCAACGGUCUGCUCAGAAAUAACUGGUAAAUCUUUAACUUGCCGUCUCCAAACUCUUCUCUCGCAGAUUGCAUAUUCUUUUAGCACGCCUUUGGAAUUUGAUGUAUUAGAAAAAAUUAAGAGUGAAUUAUGUUACGUAGCAACGGAUUUUGAGAAAGAAUCAAAUACUUCAAACUUUUGCAAAGAAGGUGUUCAUUAUACUCUUCCUGAUGGUCAACAAAUUUUGAUUGGUGAAGAACGAUACAUGUGUCCAGAGUUAUUGUUUCAACCACAUCUGCAGGGGAGUAAUGGUGCAAGUAUUGUGGACGAUAUAUGUUCAAGUAUAUGUAAAUGUGACAUGGAUUACAAAGCUCUUUUUUACGCAAAUAUAGUGAUAUCUGGAGGCUCAAGUUUGUUUAAAGGCUUACCUGAACGUUUAGGUAUUGAAUUAUCGAGACGAGUAAAAGAUCAGCCAGGGAUUAAAGCGUGUGUCGACGCAAUGCCUACUAGGCAUUAUGCUGCUUGGAUGGGAGGUUCAAUAUUGGCAUCACUUAACUCCACUCAAGGUUUUUGGAUGACUAACGCUGAAUAUAAAGAUGAUGGGGCUGACCGUGUGCAUUACAAUUUUUUU